AUGCCCGCUAUUAUUCGAAGCCUCCGCGAUAACACCAACACGCUCACGAAACCUCGAGAUGUUACCGCGUGUCGACUGCGCAACCGCCUUCUCCCUGCUCUCCAACUCUGCUCCGACCUCCUCGAAUACCUUUUCUUACUCGGUGCCAACCUCGAAGCUGACGAAUACCACCGUCGGCGCACCGUCCUAGCUUAUUCUCAAGUAUGCCACGAUUGGAGGACCGCCGCACUAGCUACCAAAUCGCUUUGGGUUCAGCUGAUGGACUUCGACGACAUGUCCUGGAAAUGGAACGAGGAGAUGCUUCGCCGUUCACAUCCUCUUCCAGUAACAAUCGGCUCGUGCACGUUCCCCCCGCGUGAGAUGAACAAAGUAUCCUCGGAGUUGGGAUAUCUGGAAAGGAUCCGGACGUACAGGCUGGGGUUCGCGGAUGAGACAUGGGAGGUUCUUGAGGGAAAGCUGCGAGAGCCAGCGGCGAGUUUGGAAUACCUCAGCCUCGCGUACGUCCCACUCCACCCUUCGAAGACGCAUCGACCGUGGUAUAGCUUCCCUCUGAAUUUAUUCGACAAUUGCGCGCCGCAGUUUAGGCGGCUGAAACUCGAAGGUUGCAUCGUGGACUUCAACGCAUCUGUCCUUCGCUCGCUGACGUCAUUGAGCGUUCUCAACCUCGACGCCAAUCACAAAUUAGCGCCCAGUGCCUUCGAGUGGAUCGCCCUCGUCUCUACGUUACCUUUCCUCACCGACCUCUUUAUCAAAGACGCCAUCUAUUCAGCAUCAUCCCUAUCCGAGCCUCGUGUUCACUUUUCAAAAAUGCCACCCUCCAAAGUCCGUUUACACCGCCUCGCCUCGUUGCACUUAGAGGGAAAUAUCGGCGCCGUCGCAACGUUCCUCAAGUACGUCAUCCUUCCAGCAUCGUGUAGUCUGAGCGUAGCGUGUUCUGAGGCGCAACCCGGGGCGGAGAUGGAGGGCGUUUUGAGUUCGUUCGUCGAUGUCCUCGAGAGGACAAUUCGACGGCGACAGGAUACAGAGAAUCUCACAUUCCCUCUUCUUCUCUAUGCCCGUGCUUCAAGCAUCUAUAUUUCCACGGACGAACGCCACAAGGAUCACCCUCGUCCAUCUUCUCCAUUAUCUUCAUUGAACUUCGACCUCGAAUUCCAUGCGCACCUCUCAAGCAGCUGGGAACCCUUCCUAACUCCCAUUCUGUCCGCCUUCUCCGCUCCUGCCUUCUUAAGCAACACCAACAACGACGUCGGUCCAGUUUCUGCGAAUAACGGACUCGUCUCCUACAUCACCUCGCUGGAAAUUCUCCUACCCUCCUGCCAUUCUGCUCUCGCGCCAUUCCUCCGCAAAGCUACGCGACUCGAGGCGCUCAUCAAUCUUCCAGUGACGCUCGCGAAGAAUUUACUUCCCGAUCUACGACUUAUCCCGCCUCAUCGGUCCCAUUCGCCGCCCCCAACCGGGACGCAUAUGACUUUCAACCCUCCCUCGUCGUCCAUCUUGGCCCCCGUACCCUACCCGGAGGUCCCACUGCCUCUCCUACAUACGAUAUCGUUCAACGACGACAAAUCCACAUGGGGUGUUCCCUACGGCACUCUUCUGUCGUAUCUGCGUUGGCGCUCCGAGGACGCCGACGCUCCGCUCAGCCGCGUCAUUUUCCGCCGCUGCGUUUUGCUGGAGGAGAAGGCUUUGGAGCUGCAGGCUGUGGGCGUCGAAGUUCAGUGCGAUAAUGAAGGGACGCGGUGGCAGAAUUUAUGA